GAGGGAAGGCCAGAGAGAGCGAGAGAGGUGUGACUUGGAUGGACCAACACACCACCUCUAUUUUCCUCUUUUUCUCCCCUCCACACCUAUGGUGAGAGAGCUGGCAAGGUGCGGUGGUCGGCCAGAGAGAUGAACACAGGACAUGGCUAUCAGGGCGGAGACUGCGUGACGUGUGGAGUGAGUUCCCGGGCGCUGCGGAACGAGGUGGAGUUGCUGCGGCGGAGGCUGGUGGACCGGGACGUGGCAAUUGUGCAGCUGGAGACACAGAUGGCGCAGGAGAGGCCACAACACUACCCCCAGGGACAGGUGGCCGUGCUCAGGGCUCAGUGCGACAGUUGGCAGGAUAAAUAUGACAGAUUGCUGGAGGCCCACAAGAGACUGCAGAAGGUGAACCAAGGCCUGGAGGAUAAAUUACUGCGACUCGUUGAUAGAACCGAGAGUGAAAAAUCAAGCUUAGCCGCGGACACAGCCAGCCUGACCACCGCCCUCACCACCGCAGCUCAGGCCAUCAAUAGACUCAAGCAGGAGAAUGACCGUUACCGCAAUGACCUCAACUUGGCCAUCCAACUCCUGCAAUGCAACCCCAACAAGUAUGCUGCCCACAAGCUUGACUCACUUCCCAUGGACCUCCAGCGGAAGGCCAAGUCUCGGCUAGCCAGGGAGCCGCGAGAAACCCCCAAGCCAGAGGUCAAGGUCAUUAAGGUGCCCAUCCCCACCUUCCCCCCCACCGCCAUGGUCUACUCCGUCAAUAAGUAUGCAGAGCAAAGUAACAAGGAGGAGGCAGUGGAUGCUGUGUCUGCCGCUAUCAUGGCAGCAGUACUGGAGGAAAGACAGCGAGAAAGGGCCAGACAGCACUGCUCCACUUGUAUGUGCGGCUCCACACAAACGCACCACACACACACUCCACCAGGCAGCGCAGGGAUGGACGACGACCCUAAUGGCAACAGAGACACCCCACACACGCAACACACCGCACACGCACCGCAGGGGGACAUCUUCAGAGUGAGCGUGGUGGAUGUGGGAACGCAAGUGUUUCCGUCGUACAUUGGCGAGACUGGCAAAGUGCAGUCGACUUGUAUUUACUGCCAUCACUCCUCGCGCGCCCCACCGUCCUCACACACAGAGAGGUCAGCGGAGGUCAACGGAAAGCCAGCAAGGUCACGGGUGGAGGAGGAAAGCUCAGUACUCAAAGCAGUGUCGCCAGAUAAUGCGUGGGAUUGGGUAACUGAAGGGCAGGAUUCUGGCUCCCCCUCUACACCGUCCUCCCUUGUGAGUGCUUCCUUGAGCUACGAGAGUGAAACUAGCAAUGUCACAUCCCCACAGGAGUCCCCCGGAAGGCUGUCACUCCCCCCAAAGCCCCAAAAUACCUCCAGUCACCCAAAUCAGCAAAUCAGACCCCAAGCGGACAGUCCAAGGGGUGAAAAAAUGGUGACUAUCAAUGGUGUGGUGAGGCAAGGUGUGGCGCAUCACCCUACCCUCACCACCACCACUACACCCUCCACCACACCACCACACCCCCCCGCCACCAUGACCACCUCCCUCCACCACAACAAAUACAACCACUAUCAACACCGCACCUCCACCACACCACACCACCACCACACUCACCACCACAGGCUGCAGCUCAGUGGUCGCUCCCCAGGCCACGACACCUUACCCCCUAUACACCGGUCGCCCCCCCAGCCACACAGGGAGACCCCCCACCGCUGGCCCUCCGAUGCUGUUGCCGCCAGUACCUACACUAGUUCAAGCACUGAGACCACACUAUAGGCACCAACACACCCUAACACACCCUUAAACACACUUAACACACAAACGCACCCUUAAACACACUUAAAACACACAAACACAGUCUUAAACACACUUAAAAACACACUAACACACUCAAAACAC